GCCCAGCCGGGCGCUUCCAGUCGCCGCGGCCCCCGCCGCCCCGGGCCGUGGGAGCCCCGGGCGGUGCCUGUCGGGAGGAGUUCCGGGGUUUGGUUUGCAUCCGCCGCGAGGUAGGUGUCUAAGCAGCCGGGAUGCCAGGGCCAAGACCCCGGAAAGGCCCUCAGGCCAGCGGUCAGGGUGUGGCGGCCGCCAAGCAGCUGGGGCUCUUUGUGGAGUUCAGCCCGGAGGACAUGCUGCUGGGGAUAGACGAGACUGAAGAGGAUGCGGACCUGGAGGCCGAGCUGCUCGCCCUCACAGGGGAAGCAGAGACCACAGACAGGAAGCCAGCACCCAAGGGGCGGGCCCCCCUGCCCAUGGCCCACAUCGAGAAGUUGGCGGCGGACUGUAUGCAGGAUGUGGAGGAGGAGGAGGAGGAGGAGGAAGGGCUGGAGGAGGACGCAGACCUGCUGACUGAGCUGCAGGAGGUGCUGGGUGCAGAUGAAGAGGCUGGGCCCGGGGAAGGUGAUGAGGCCACCAGCCCAGGCCUCUCUGAGGAGAAGAAGGGACAAGGAAGCAUUGAACCUGCCGUGCCGGCAGCCCUCCUAACAGCCGCAGUCGCAGAGGCUCAGGCUGGGGAGCCUCAGGGGCUACAGGCUGUGCUAGAAGAACGGAUCCACAACUACCGGGAGGCUGCGGCCGGUGCCAAGGAAGCAGGGGAAGCGGCCAAAGCCAGGCGCUGUGAGCGAGGGCUGAAGACUCUGGAGUCCCAGCUCGCUGCUGUGAGGAGAGGCAGGAAGAUCAACGAGGAUGAGAUCCCACCGCCAGUGGCCGUAGGCAAGAGGCCUCUGGCCCCCCAGGAGACAGCCCACAGGAGCUCUGAGACAGGCCCUCCCUGCCCCCCCACCAUGGAGCCAGACGACUCCUCCCAACCCGAGACAAGCCUCCUGGGCAGCGCCGGCCCUUCUGCCCCGCCGAAUUCAGACGCUGACCCCCGGAAUCUGCUGUUGACCCGACAGAGAGAGUACAAAGUGGCUGCCCUCAGUGCCAAGCGGGCUGGAGAUCUAGAACGUGCCCGGGAGCUCAUGAGGAUUGGGAAGAGAUUUGGUGCUGUCCUGGAGGCCCUGGAGAAGGGGCAGCCCGUGGACCUGAGUGCCAUGCCCCCAGCACCUGAGGAUCUGAAGGCCCCCAGGGCACCAGCAGUGGAGCGAGUGCAGCCAGUGACGGCUCCUGACAUCCCAGCAACCCCAGUGGCCCCUACAGAGCCACAGACGGUGCUGGAUGCCCUGCAGCAGAGACUGAACAAGUACCGGGAGGCCGGCAUCCAGGCUCGGAGCAGUGGGGAUGAACGUAAGGCCCGGAUGCAUGAACGCAUUGCCAAGCAAUACCAAGAUGCUAUUCGAGCACACCGAGCAGGGCGGAAGGUUGACUUCGCCGAGUUGCCGGUUCCUCCAGGGUUUCCCCCCAUCCCUGGUCUGCAGCCCAUGGUGGGCAUGGAGGAGGAUACAGUGGCAGCAACCUUGGCAGCUGCCCAGAAACUGGCCACCUCAGAUGACACGGCCCUGGCAGAGGAAGAUGAGGAUGAGAGUGAGACCCCAGCACAGACGCCGGUAGCCAAGAAGCCAGCACAGCCUCUUGUCCCUUCAUCUCGGCCCCUGGCUAAGGAGUCACUGAGUCCAUCUGUGCGGGAGCAGCUGGUGCUACUGGAGGCACGAAAACUGCAGUACCAACGGGCAGCCCUGCAGGCCAAACGUAGGCAGGACCUGGAGCAGGCCAAAGCCCACCUGCGGGUGGCCAAAUGUCUGGAGGCUCAGAUCACCCAGGCCCGAGCUGGCCAACCUGUUGACCUCUCCAAGGUGCCUUCGCCCUUGACGGAUGAGGAGGGCGACUUCAUCCUCAUCCACCACGAGGACCUGCGGCUCUCCCAGAAGGCUGAGGAGGUGUACGCGCAGCUACAGAAGAUGCUUUUGGAGCAACAUGAGAAGUGCCUGCUGUUUUCCAAGCAGUUCAUGCACCAGGGCAAUGUGGCUGAGACCACCCGGUUUGAGAAGCUUGCUCAGGACCGUAAGAGACAGCUGGAGAUCCUGCAGCUGGCCCAGGCCCAGGGCCUCGACCCUCCUAGCCACCACUUUGAGCUGAAGACAUUCCAGACCGUGAGGAUCUUCUCAGAACUCAACAGCACAGAGAUGCAUCUGAUCAUUGUUCGAGGAAUGAACCUCCCAGCACCGCCAGGGGUGACCCCUGAUGACUUGGAUGCUUUUGUGCGCUUUGAGUUUCACUACCCUAACUCGGACCAGGCUCAAAAAAGCAAAACAGCUGUGGUGAAGAACACAAAUUCUCCAGAAUUUGAUCAGCUCUUCAAACUAAACAUCAACCGAAACCACCGGGGCUUCAGGAGGGUGAUCCAAAGCAAAGGAAUCAAGUUUGAGAUUUUCCACAAAGGCUCUUUCUUCAGAAGUGACAAGCUGGUUGGCACAGCACAUCUGAAACUGGAGCGGCUGGAGAAUGAGUGUGAGAUCAGAGAGAUUGUGGAGGUCCUGGAUGGAAGGAAGCCUACUGGGGGGAAGCUGGAGGUGAAGGUGAGGCUGCGGGAGCCUCUGAGUGGCCAGGAUGUGCAGAUGGUCACCGAGAACUGGCUGGUCCUGGAGCCUCGGGGCCUGUGAGCAUCAUGGUCAAACUUGCAUCAAGGCUUCCAAAUAUUUUUUCUUCAUCUAUUUGAAAGGCAGAGAAACAGCGAGCAAGAUAGAGAUCUCCCAUCCACUGGUUUAUGUCCUAAAUGCCUGCAACAGCCAGAGCUAUGCCAGGGCAAACCCAGGAGCCCAGAACUUGGGUAUCCACAUGGGUGGCAGGGACCCAGCUAUCAACCUGCUGUCUCCCAGGAUGUGCAUCAGCAAUAAGCUGGAACUGGAAGCAGUCGGAACUUGAACCCUGGAACUCUGAUUUGGGAUGCAGGUGUGCCAAGUGGCAUCUCACCCACUACACCAAACACGCACUGCCAUGGUGCUUCCAACUUCUUUUAAAGAGUUCUUUGAAAGAGUUAUCACCCCAUGGCAUGGUAGGUUAAGCCUCUGCUUACAGCGCUGGCAUCCCAUAUGGGCACUGGUUUGAAUCCCAGCUUCCAAUCCAGUUCCCUGCUAAUGGCCUGGGAAGGCAGCAAAGGAUGGCCCAAGUUCUUGGGCCCCUGUAACCACAUGAGAGACCCAGAAGCAGCUCCUGGCUCCUGAUUUUGGAUCUGCCUAGCUCUCACUGUUGCAGCUGCUUGAGGAGUGAACCAGCAGAAGCAGCCCUGUGUGUCUCCCCCUCUGUAUAACUGUAACCCUGUAACUCUGCCUUUCAAAUAAAUCUUUUCA